AUGCCUAAUGGGGAUGAUAACGCGCCUACCGAUAGUGGUAAAAAAAAUGAAGUUAUCAAUGAUUUAUCGGAAACAAAUCCAUCAGAAAAAGACCUGGACAAUGGAAGUGGAAUGGAGAUGAACUCUAGUCCUAUGCAAGAAAAAUCUGUAUCCAGUGCGAUAACAUUAUUUAGUAACACUACAAAUUCGGCCAAUGUUUCAAAAUUUUCAUUGGACGUAUCUACAGCAUCAUCAUCUGGAUCAGAAAAGCGAGGAAGGAAGAGGGCAAAAAAAGGUGGUCCUGAAGGAGAUGAUGAGGAAGUAAUUAUUUCAAAUCAUAACGUCCCGACUUCACAGCGUUCAGCAAGUUCGAAAAAAUGCCAUUUCGAAACAACUCAUAGUCAAAUUUCGCAGUCGUCUCCGCUGUCGCUACCUUCCAAUAGCCCGAUUCCCAAAAGUAUUUUAAAAAGAAGCUCUGAUAGCAGGAAUGAUUCGAAAGCAGAAACAGAAAAAGAAGGUUUCCAGAAAAAAAAUAUAGAUGACGUUGAAGAAACAGACACCAACAACAAAAUUCCUUUGUUUUUAUUUGGCCAAAAAGAUUUAAAGAAAAAUGAGCCACUAAAAAAUCCACAAAAUUUUGUUUUCUCCAAAUCACCCUCCGAAAAAGGAUUAAUUGAGAAAGGCGAUGAUAAAAAAGAACUAAAUAAGGAAUUAGCUGACAAAUCUCAUGUAACUCCAGCAUUCUCAUUCUUGAAACCGGUUGUUACUGAAGGAAAUUGUGAUUACUCCAAUUCUUCGAAAACUAAAUUAGAAUUUAAAUUUGGUGCGCCACCCCCUGUUCAGUCAGAACCAGAUAAUGAAGGUGAAGAAAGUGAAUAUGUUCCACCAAAACCAGAAACUGUGCUUGCGGAAGAACCGAAAGCGAUAUUCUCGUCCAAAUGUUCGGUAUUUGUGCUGAAAGGAACGGAGUAUGAAAAACUUGGAAUUGGACAGCUUCAUAUCAAAACCGAUGAAACCGAUGGUGCAAAGAAAAUUCUACUCAUCCGUGCUGCCACUACCACUGGUACUGUGUGGGUAAAUUCGUAUAUCGAUGAAUCUAUGAAACAUGUGGUCGUUGAGGACGUCAAAUUAAGGAUAAAUUGUAUAUCAAAUGGGUCACCAUCAACGUAUUUAUUACGGCUACCAAAAAAAGAAGAUCUUGAUCAAAUAGUUUCAGAACUUCAAGGUGAUAAUGUUUCGUCUUAG